CUGCCAUCUUAGCUUCCUCCCGGCCUACCAGAAACGACGACUUUUCUUUCCGCCCUCUGCGGUCUCGGCGGAGGAGGAGGCGGCGGCAAAAAGAGCGAGCAACACCAGGCCGAAAAAGGCCCUUCAGGCGCUGCCAUGGCUCCCCUGCGCUACCUCAAGAACAAAUUAGCCGCCCUUUUUCGCGCCGUCGCUAUGCCAGUCUCCACGGCAAUCCCCGGGGAACCUUCCAGCGCCAGCCUGAAUAUUCCCAACGGGGACACGACUUCCCAGAGCCUGCGCUUCGUCAAGCUGACCGAUAACGCUUUUGCGCCUUCUAAAGGAUCUUCCCGGGCGGCGGGCUACGAUUUGUACAGUGCAUAUGAUUGUGAGGUCCCUGCUGUAGGGAAAGCUGUUGUGAAAACAGAUAUUCAGGUUGCCCUUCCUACAGGUUGCUAUGGUCGAGUAGCUCCUCGAUCUGGAUUAGCUGUAAAUCAUUUCAUUGAUGUUGGUGCUGGAGUAAUUGAUGAGGACUACAGGGGAAAUGUUGGUGUUGUAUUGUUUAACUUUGGAAAGGAACCAUUUAAAGUUAAAAAGGGUGACAGGAUCGCUCAACUAAUCUGUGAGCGCAUCUACUAUCCGGUUCUUGAAGAAGUCAAGGUUUUGGAUGAAACAGAACGUGGCUCAGGCGGUUUUGGAUCAACUGGGCAGAAAUAAAGGAAACUUUUAUACAGUAUAUUUUUAUACACCUUUUAAAAAUGUAAAUAAACUUUGAUAGAAAAUUG